AUCGUCUUCAACCUGUUCCCGGGGGAUUUGCCGAACUCUCCAUAGCUGCGGCCUGGUUGGUUUCCAAGCAUAUUAAGCCGCUUGCCAUUGCCUCAUUGAAUCAGCUUCUCAUCGAUCCUUCUCCUCUCGUAUUUUGCAUCCUCCUUUUCUACUACAUUGUCGGGUCAUUCGUGGUUACCUUCACGCUGACUCUCACUGCGCAGCAGCAGCAACGCCAUUAUGUCCACGCGCCGUUGGCUGUGAACCAUUACAGCAUUUCAUUGCAUCUGCUUCAGCACGGACCGCUUCUUAAAGGUGGACACUGAUUCUAAGAUUCUCCUGGCUUGCCGUUAUACUCUCACUACUAGUGCUUCACAGCUUGGUGAACCAACCGGCCAGUUGCUCCUGCGUUUGGUCCUUCUCGUGACUGCAUCUCACUCCCUUCGCCGAGUCUGAGUUUUGGUGUUUCAGAGACGACGAUCUGAGAUUGUAGUAAUUUUGUUGCUGUCAGAGGAUUUUUACGUACGAUUCUUGUUGUGGCUACCAGGAAAUAGUGACGGUCGUGGCCAGUGUUCUUGCAAGAACUCAGGUGUAAUGUCCUGCUCCUACCUUCGCAGGCCUGGAGUUGUUGUAAAUAACAAAAUGUCAUGCAUCUGCCUUUAAAAGAAGUAUCAUCUUGUGAUCCGUUGCUGGUACGCAACACAUAUUCAAGAAGAAUAUCGUUUUGAUUUCGCUGAAUCGGUUGAGCUCAAGCUAUUGUAGGCAGCAUCUACCUUGAAGGCCUGCUCUGUGGAUCUUCGUGAUCUGCUUUGACUCCUCCGUGUCGGCUUUUUUUUCAUCAAAAGUUCGACCAUGGGAGCUUGGGCGGUUGCUUUUCACGGUGGAGCAGGGAUGAUUGCGAAAGAAAAGAUGACUGCCGAUUGGAAGAAGCGAACUGAAGUCGCUUUAUACGAGAUUUUAGCAAUAGGCAUUGCUGCGCUAAAAAAUAACCUCACUGCUGUAGAAGCCGUAGAGCUUGUGGUGAGAGCAUUGGAAGAGAACACGCUGUUCAACGCUGGCAAAGGGUCUGUGCUGACAAAUCAGGGCACCGUAGAGAUGGAAGCGAGUAUCAUGGACGGGAGAACAAAAGAUUGUGGUGCUGUUUCUGGUCUUUCCACUGUAGUUCAUCCAGUCUCGCUAGCUCGCCUAGUGAUGGACAAUUCUCCUCAUGUCUACCUUGCCUUCAACGGAGCAGAAGAGUUUGCGAGACAGCAGGGAGUUGAGAUGGCAGACACAGAAACCUUCAUCACGGAGGAGAACAGACAGAAGCUGGAGAUGGCAAAGAAAACAAAUUCUAUCGAGUUGGACCUUUGCGAUUACACACCAGGUUUAAUUAAUAGUAGGGGCGAUAAGUUCUCCUGUAACAACGAAAAUGGCAUCGUCCACCCUGAUCAUGAGCCUGUUGUGCACAGGGAACAUGAGUAUGCUAAGACAAACGGUCGUUUUGACUGUGGUCAUGUGCAUAGGAAAAAAGGUGCUCUUUAUCAGGCUUGUAAGGCAGAAUUUGAAACCGUAGGUUGCACUGCAGUGGAUUCUUUCGGGAACUGUGCGGCAGCUACGUCCACAGGCGGCCUUGUGAAUAAAAUGUCUGGGCGAAUCGGUGAUACGCCCAUAAUUGGAGCGGGAACGUACGCAAAUCACCUCUGCGGAGUGUCAGGAACAGGGCGAGGGGAAGAAUUCAUCAAACACACAGUUGCAAAAGAAGUUGCAGCCAUAAUGGAAUACAAGGAUCUUCCCCUUGGCAAGGCUGUGUACAAAGUAGUCCAUGAGAAGCUGCCAGAGAAUAUGGGAGGACUGGUUGCAGUCUCUGCCUCAGGCGAAGUAGCCAUGGCUUUCAACACUCCAAGUAUGUUCCGAGCAAGUGCACAGGAAGGAGGAGAUCGUAUGAUUGGAAUUUGGUAAACAAGCAUGUCCAGAUUAUGCAAGAAGCAGUUCUCAUCAUGUUCCUUGUUCAGUUUGGGGCAAGCUCAUGAUGAUCACCUCGAAGAACAACCUAUGGCGUUGUAAAGGCCGUCUCCAUGCGAGGGACUCUCCAUGAACAAUUUUCAUUGAGCUAGUGAACAAUUGUACAGGUACAUAUAUGCUUUAUCAUCCCUCCAGUUGAAAGGCACUGGCUCGGAUCAACGCAUGGGACAAUGAAUAAUUCUGCGUUCGUGGUUGGGGGACACUAACGAUCACUCUCAACCAGCGCUCAUGCUAUCCCUCAACCCCUCAUUGAAAAUGGCGAUGUAAUUUUCUUGUAUAGAACUCAUCGUGCAACGUCAUUUGGGGAUGGCCAAGACGUUCAUGUACAUACCACUAAUAUACUAGUUAAAUAUGAGUGUUAUUUUUUACUCAGUAAUGCGCAAGUUGUUUUCGUAACAACGCAGCAUUUAGAGCCCACUUCAUCAUGCUAUUCCAAAUGAGACCAUUCAUGCAUGUGCACAUGUUGUCCUGUUUUGAGCAACAUAACAUAACUUCUGGUAAA